CGUACGCAUGCGUAGAAACUGUGUUCCAUCCUGACCAUCUACUAUCUUUGGUUGAGAAAACAUGGCGUCGGGCGAUGGAUUAGCUUCUCUGGGGGUGGAAGGAGCCUCUGCUGCUGCUCACGCUCUGUCUCUUCCAGCUGAAGCUUAUGGAAAUGACCCACGGCUUGAGGCCAUGUGGGCGAUGAAGGCAUACAACCACGCAGAGAUUUACUUCAAUCUGAUUUCAUCCGUGGAGCCAAAGUUCCUGAAGCUGACAAAGCAGGAUGAUCAAAUCUACUCAACAUUCAGAGAAACCUUUAAAGACCUCGACAUCAAGGUGUUGAAAGAAGACGACCUGAAACUGGCUGAAGCCAAAGAGAGAUGGCGUCCGUUCUGCAACCAGUUCGAAGGUCUGGUGGAGGAUUUCAACUAUGGCACGCUGCUCCGUCUGGACUGUGAGAAGGGCUACACAGAGGAGAACACGACUUUUGCCACCAGGGUUCAGUUCUUUGCUGUGGAGAUCGCCCGUAAUAGAGAAGGUUACAACGACGCCGUCUACAAAGCCAACUGUUUAAAGAGCUAAUGGCAGAGGGAACCAGUAAGGAAACCAGUUGUUUGUUCCCCUCAGAAUACACAGCUGUAAAACUUUCUGCUCCUUAACUUGUUUACCAAGUUAAGGAGCUUGUUUACCUAUUUACUGUAAAGCCUUUUUUUUGGAAAAGUAGAAUUUGUUGCCUGAAAUGGAGAAAACAAUCAAUAAAAACACUGUUUUCCCCACA